UCAAACAAAAUAUAGUAUUUGUAUGAGUAUUUAAAACAAUAUUUUCAAUAAAAUAUUAAUAAAUUUAAAGUUUUGAUGUCCGAUAAUUCUCAUAACAAAAUUCGUGUGCAGAUAGAGUAGACGUAAUAAUAAUUUUAUUUAAAUCGAUUAACUGGAAUCAUCGAAAUCCAUUUUAAAGAGGCAUUUAAUACCACUAUCAAUUUUGUAAAAAAAGAAAAUUUAUUAAAAAAGUUGAUGUCAUAGUUUAAAUAAAAUUAACCAUAAAAUAUAAAUAUAAAAUAUUUGAAGUAAAUAGCAGCAAUUAUAUGCAAUGUAAGUAUACUUUUCCUAAUUUUGUGUCUUACUAAUAACGUAAAUGUAUAAAUAAAUUAUACAAAAUUUUGUAAGUAAUUUUUUUUAAGCAUAAAAUACUAAUAAAUUUAUAUUUACUUUAUUAUACAUAUAUAUUUCAUACUAAUUUAAUACUAAUACUAAUAAAUUUUUAAUACUAAUAAAUUUAUAUUUACUUUAUUAUACAUAUAUAUUUUAUGUCUCGUGUAUUUUUAAUCUUCCAAGUUAUCUUAAGUCGAAAAAGAAUUAAAAUACUUCUAACACGCAAAAGUUUUGUAAUAAUAUUAAAUUAUUUAUGGAUAAAAUAUUAAUUUAACGUCGUUUAAAUAUAAGUUUACCUAAAGAAUCAAUAAAGAUGUAAGAAUUUAACAUAGAUGUAGAAAAGAUACACUGAGUGUAAAGGAUCUGUAUAUUACAUAGAAAGAGACGGAAGAUAGUUACUAUAGAAAAAAGAAAAUUAUUUGAAUCAAAAGAUACAAUUACGCGUUUAAAACAUUAGACACACGCGUUUGAUCUAUUUUUUUUACUAUAUAAUACACAUAUAUAUAGUGUAUACAUAUGGAAUUAAGAGACAGAAUUUAAGAACAAUAAAUAUAUAAAUAUAAACUAAAGAUAUUUUCAAAAAAUUUACCAGCAGUAUUCAUAACUAUUGCGUUGAACUUUCAAGCUAAACAACUUUUCCGAAGAAUCAAACAUCGCUUACGACAGCACGCACUAAACUGAGAAACAUUAAAACCUAUGUGCUGUCGCACCUGCGCAGUCCAUUGUCACAAAAGUCCCUUUACGAAAUAUUGCUUUAUGGGAAAUAAACAUCUGUUGCCAUUAUUACCAUAGUCGAAUCGAUCAUUUACACUUCUUGCAAAAUAAAAGUGUUUUAAAAUUACGCUGGUAUUUCGUUCAUUCCUCAUUACAUUUUUACACCUUUUACAUUACAUUAAAUUAAAUUAGACAAUUUGACUUAAAAUUCAAAUUAAAAAAUAUUGUAAAAUUCGAUAAACAAAAGAAAUAAGCGAUUCUAUCUCUUUUCAAUUGCAUUUUAACCAUCACGAAGAAAUGAUUUGUAUUGACUGUUUGCAUAUCAACCUUAAUCGGUUACUAUUGCUCGCAGUUGGUCUAUGGCCUUAUCAGCGAUCUAAACUUGUUCAAUUUCAAUUAGUUUUAUUUUUUGGAAUUUUGGCGACUUUUGUUCUAUUUCAGUUUACAGUAUUAGUGACUUUAAAAUGUACUCCGGAUUUAGUCAUCAAUGUUUUCUCUUCUGCAUUAUUUUACAUUAUUUUUGUAAUUAAAUACAUUUCAUUUAGUAUUAAUACUGAAGUCGUAAGUAAAUAAUUAUUAUACAUAUUAUAUUAUUUAUCCUGCUUAUAUGCAGAUAAAUGUUUUUGAAACAGAUUUCAAUAUAAUUUUUCUAAGUUUAAGUAUAUAAAAUAAUAUAAAAUUUUGCUAAAACGAUAGAUAAAAUGUUUAUUGGAGCAACUGCAACAUAUCUAUGACGGGCUAACCGACAAAAAUGAAAUUAGUAUUAUAAGAAAGUAUGGCAGUUUUGCGAAACGUUGCACGGCCAUGUUAUUAUUGUUGAUGGUUCUCAACAUAUCCAUUUUAAUUUUAUAUUUAUAUUGGCCAUAUAUUUUCCAUACUCUGUUCUCCACAAAUAAAACUCGAUUAUAUUCUUCGUUGCCGUUUAUGAUCGAAUAUUUCGUCGAUCAAAAAAAAUAUUUGUAUUUGAUUUUGUUACACGCGAGUGCGGCCUUUAUCAUCGGAGGUAUUACAUUAUUAGCGACAGGCACGAUGCUCAUAGUUUAUCUACAGUAUGUGUGCGGAAUGUUUCAAAUUGCCAGUUAUCGUAUGAUGCGAGCAAUGAUGAAACUCGAAAUUCAACAAAAGAAAAACCUGCAAAAUGAGAAUUUAAUUUAUAAAGAAAUAAUUUGUGCCAUAGAUAUGCAUCGCAAAGCUAUGAAAUUUUCCGACUCGUCAAUAUAUAGAUUUGAAGUAAUGUUCUUUUUUUUGAUAGUAGUCGGAGUAAUUUGCGGAAGUCUUAAUUUUUUUCGGGUUUAUCAAGUGAUAUCGUACGAAUAUGAUAUUAUGAAAUUGUCAUUACCCAUAGUGUUUAUUAUCAUCCAAUUCAUGUAUAUGAUAAUGGGUUGUUAUUUUGCCCAAGAAGUUAUGGAUCAUAAUAAUGACGUAUUUGUGACCGUGUACGGUAUUCAGUGGUACAUAGCACCAUUGCAAAUACAAAAAGUGAUAUUAUUUUUAUUACAAAGAAAUACUAAGGCGUUCCAUAUAAAAAUUGCUGGAAUGUUUGUAGCAUCAUUAGAAGGUGCAGCUACGUUGUUAAAUAUCGCAAUGUCAUAUUUCACUGUUCUUUACUCGACAAGGCAGUGAUACAAAAUACAUUAACUAAAAGAAAAGUAGAAUAAUACAUAAAAAUAUUAAUUAUAAAGGUAUAUAGUAUUGUUUAUUAUUUUGAAAGAAGUUGAUAGAUAAGAUAAUUGAAACUGGAUUGUGGAGAUUAUAGAAGAAAGUGUAGAAUGUAAACUAAUAGUUUAUAAUAGAAUAAAAAAAUAUAUUUUACCAAUAACAAUGGGUUAUUUAAUACAACAAAUAAGUCAAUAAUUGACAUAUUAAAAUGUAAAAAAUUGCUAUCUGCUACUUCUGUAAAAGAUUAAAAUAAAAUUUACGAGCUCACGCAUUAAACGGUAACGCUCACGGUAAAACAAAUAAAUAAAAGUUAUUAUAAUAGAAAUUCUCAAAUUCAUCUGCGACAUUUUUAAUAGAUAAUUUACAAAUUGAUACUUAUUUCUCAUAGAGAAAUACUAGUCUAUGGCCUUAUCAGCAGUCUAAACUUGUUCAAUUCCAAUUAGCUUUGUUUUUUAGCGUUUUAACGACAUUUAUCAUAGUUCAGGUACGUUAAUAAUUUUACUUUAUAAUUAUAAAAUAAAAAACGGCGUGUUUACUUUUAGCAAUCUUUUACUUUGUUUUAAUGUAAUUAAAACCAUUAUAAAAUCAUCACAAUGUUAUACAUAUAUAUGUAUAUAUGGUAAAUGUCUAGAAUAGGUACCAGUGC